AUAUUUUGAAUAUCAAUCAUUGUAUCUCUAUACUAUGAUAUUAAUUUUAAACAACUUAACAAAAAUUAAAAAAAUUAAAAUGCGAAUUCGAUAUAUAAGUAUAAUGAUGGUAUUAUUAGUAAUAACGUGUUUUUAUGUAAUUUUUCAUCGAAGGGUUCUACGUAUAAAAUCCUCGUUAAUAAAUAAAACACAUUCUAAAAUAAAUUGGUAUGCGUAAAUCUGCUCAAUCAUACAACAUAGCGUUUGUUGUAUGUGGCCAUCGAUUGCAGGAAUCGCUUGUGAUGAUAAAAUCGGUUCUCCUUUUUAACAAAAAUGAUGGAGAGAAUGUUCACUUCUGGAUAUUUUCUGAAGAUAAACUGAUAAGUGAAUUUGUUGAACGGUUAAAUGUUUGGCGAAAUUUGAUGCAUUUCAGUUUUGAUGUUAAUCCUCUGACUUUUCCAAAACAGAAUCAGAAGGAGUGGCAAUCUCUAUUUAAACCGUGUUCAUCGCAGAGGCUUUUUUUGCCGCUGUUACUUCCUGAAGUUGAUUCCGUUUUGUAUGUCGAUACGGAUGUGGUUUUCUUGUCUCCUAUAUCAGAUAUUUGGAAAUAUUUUGAUCGAUUUAAUGCAUCACAAUUCGCAGCUUUAACCUCCGAACAUGAAGAUGAAAACAUCGGUUGGUAUAAUCGAUUUGCACGACAUCCUUAUUAUGGUCGUAUGGGAGUAAAUUCGGGUGUAAUGCUCAUGAACCUUACCCGUAUGCGCAUUCACAAUUGGGUUUCACAUAUUGUUCCCAUAUAUAAUGAGUACAAGCUACGUAUCACAUGGGGUGAUCAAGAUAUAAUAAAUGUAUUUUUUUAUUACACUCCAGAUGCUCUUUUGCUUCUGCCUUGUCAGUACAACUACCGGCCAGAUCAUUGCAUGUAUAUAAGUGUUUGUAAUGCAUCCAGCGAAGGAAUAAAACUGAUGCACGGCAAUAGGGGUUACUUCCACAACAAUAAGCAACCCUUGUUUAAGGCGGUGUAUGAAACAGUUGAAAGCUAUAAAAUCGCUUCAAAUCCAUACUACAAUUUUGUAAUACCAUUAAAAGCGUCAUUAAAUGAAAGUAUCGUAAAAGAAACAAAUUGUGGCCUACUGACUCAAGAAACUAUUCAUGUUGCAAAUAAAUUAUUUGGAAGGUAUCAAAUGUCUAUGUAUGACUGAAUGUAACAUAUGUAUGUUUAGUGUUAUAAUAACUAAUGGUACAGGAACUAACUUGGACGAAAGUUUUAUUUUCUGGAUAAUAAACCGUUUUCAAUGAAACCUUCA